CCGAAAAAUUGAAUUAAUUUGAUUUGAUUCGAUUUUUCUGAUAUUUUUGCUCACCCCUUGCGCGAUUUAGCUUAAUUUUGUUUUGGCUGCAGGAUACAUUCACGUAGUAUAUCCUGUCUUUGGCAAAUCUGAAUGAGUGUAGAGAUUUGUAGACUCUCGUCUGGUGUCGUCUCUUGGAGAAUCACUUGAGAGAUUGGUGGUUCUUUGCUCCGAAAUUCAAUCUUCUUGCGGAAGCCAAGGACCAUAGAAACUUUAAUUGGAUAAUGACGGCACAUCCUGCUACAUCAUCUUCUGGAUUGUCCUCAGAAUCGUCUGAACAAAUUGAGAAGCCCAAGGAUAGUAGAAAUAUGAAAGGAACACUAUCCCUCUCCCCGCAAGUCCCAGAUGCUACACAGGGACCUGUGGCAAUUUUUUGGGAUAUUGAGAACUGUCCUGUUCCUAGUAAUGUACGCCCUGAGGAUGUGACUGUCAACAUCAGAAUGGCUCUGCGGGUCCAUCCUGUAAUCAAGGGACUGGUCACUAUGUUUUCUGCCUAUGGAGAUUUUAAUGCUUUCCCCAGGCGAUUAAGAGAGGGCUGUCAGAGGACUGGUGUUAAACUCAUAGAUGUUCCUAAUGGAAGGAAGGAUGCAGCCGAUAAGGCGAUCUUGGUUGACAUGUUUGUUUUUGCUCUUGACAAUCCUCAACCAUCAUCCAUUAUGCUAAUUUCAGGAGAUGUUGAUUUUUCUCCUGCCCUUCACAUUCUUGGUCAACGAGGAUACAAUGUAAUUCUUGUCAUUCCUGCUAGAGUGAGUGUUUCAUCUGCUUUAUGUAAUGCAGGGAGUUUUGUCUGGGAUUGGCCAAGUGUGGCCCGAGGUGAAGGCCUUUUCCCCCCUGUGAAGGCCUUAAUUCCUCCUCGUGGAGGUGUGGCAGACGUUUCUGGGAUGCUAAUGGGUUGCCAGAUGUAUGAGAAUUCAGAUAAACAGAAUGAAGAAGAAGCUACAGUGUGUAGAGGCCUCUCUCGAAGCAAUUACAAUGCAAGGAAUUUCUCAAUGAUAUCAGAGUCUCUAGCUGAAUAUAAUGGCAUUUCAAUGUCUUUGCCAUGUCAUCCUGGGGGUAUGCCAUCUCACAGCCUUCCAUCUGGUUUAACUGAGGUUCCAGCUGUAGGUCCAUCUUUAUUUGGCCAGAGUGAUGUCACACCGGUUCCUCCUGGGGAUAUAAAUGGUUUGAAGGGACAGCUGGUGAAGUUGCUUGAAUUAUUUGGAGGUUGGUUGCCUCUUACACAUAUCCCCGUAGAGUACCAGAAAUUUUAUGGGAACCUGCUUUAUACUUCAGAAUAUGGGGCUUGUAAAUUUAUGAAUCUUCUGAAGAAGAUGGCUGAUGCUAUAUCUGUCGAGGGAAAAGGCCAAAGAAAGUUUGCUUACCUCCGUAACAGAAGAGCCAGACCAAGUACUCCUCCCUUGAUUGUGGCAAAAAAGGAUAGAAAAGGAAAAAGAAUGCAAGUAGUGAAUGCUGAUAUUGUGACUACACCCGAAUCUUCAGAUGAGUUCUCAGAUGAUGAAAGAUUAGUUAUAGAACAUGGGGGGCGUAAGAAAUCUGAUACAGCUGCAUUAGUUGAACAAAGCCUCCAAAGGUUCAAGCAUGAGAUUCAAGAGAUUCUUGUGAGCUACUUUUGUCGGAUUCUUCUUAGUAAUUUUGAGGCAAUAUAUAAACUGCGGUACAAGAGACCUUUGGACUAUGAGAGCUUUGGAGUGACAGAACUUGAGCAGCUGCUCGAAAAGGUGAAAGAUGUAGUGGUUAUGCAAGAGGAGCCAGUCAGCAAGAGAAGGUUUCUGGCUGCUGUUGGGGGGUAGAGGAGCUGCUCAUUCUGUUUUGUUGACAAUUUACCAUGUAAAAGUGAAGUUUUCUGACUGCUGUUGGUGGCUAGAAGAGUUGAUCCUUUACCAUUACUUGACAACUUACUGUCUAAACUUGCCUAGAAUUCUUCAAUUGAGGCACAGGCUCUGGAUUAUAGAUGUCUGUCCAGUUAAUAACUCCUCAAUGGAGUCAGCGAUGGCAGGCCAGUUUUGUAAUGGUAAAAUCACUCAUUGCUUUUUUCAAUUUGAUUAUGGUUUGAAUGCAUAUUGGAGACGAAGUAGGCGUGGCUACCAUGCUUCUGCUGAAGGUGUAAUGGGAAUAAUAGUCUAUGUUACAUGGACUCAGCUUUGGGUACAUAACCAUAUGGAUAUGUACAGUUUUUGGCAUGAAGUACCUAUAGGCUAUACCAAUGUUGCUUACAUUUGAAACCAGCACAUCAAGGCAAUGAGGACCAUAUAACAUAGAACAUAGCUAACUUUAGACCAUCUAACCUUGUUUUAUAUACGAGGUUAGAGGGUCUAUCUGUAAUCCAUAUCUAAUAGCUUUAGGAGAUCUGAACUAACUUUAAGUGCAUGUGCACCAGUUAUGAAGUGGAAAUAUGGUUGUAUGAAUAUCUACAACAUUAGAAAUGUGCAACCACCUUAGCGUGGGAUUCCAACAAGCUUCGUGGUAGGAUUACUUUUUCCAGUGUAAAAUCACAGUCCAUUUUUUAUCCCGUAGUAUCUGGCAUAUAGGCUAGACAGAAUUGGGCUAGUCUUACCUGCUGUGCAGAUAUGUUCUGUAAAGAAUGUGCAAGACAAUAGUCUUCUAAUUAGGCUUCAGAAAGGACUAUUAUUAUUCAGGAGUAUCUAUCUAGUCCAGGCUGGAGCUCCCUUCUUGCUUCAUAUGAAACCUUUGCUCUCUUGCUCACCGAUUAUGGUGAAUCUUUGCUUGCCAAGAAUAUGUUGCAUCUCGCUCAUGGACUAUCACUUGUCAGGUAAAUGCGAGAAUCUGUAACUUUGCUUGUUUACCCAUGCAUGGCACUUUGAUGCUGCUUCAUCAGACGGGUAUUUACUUGGACGAGAUUUGGUUUCCCACAUUUGAUAUUUGCAGCACUCAUUGGGAAGAUGCUCACGAUGUAAUGAUGGUUUCCUCACCAUCUCAUUUAGAAUAUGAGAGAUCAGUUAUGAGGGGAGAGAGAGAGAGAGAGAGAGAGAGAGAGAAGACUGAUCCAAAAGGAUUUGUUGAUUGUUGUAUUCUUACUAGAUCUUGAAAUCUAUCCUCGAGCAUUAUAUCAUGUCAGUUCCCAGAGUUGGACCGCUGUUAAAAUGCUGUUUAUGUGACGGAGGACUCGCGGAGGUGCUUCUUUGGUAUUGUCAGCAAUCUCUUUAUUGCAAAUACUGAAAAUUGAAAUUUAUUAUGUGUAGACUGGUGCAAUUAUUUGCUUCAACAAUCAGGCUACAACAUGAUUUUUGAGGGGCUAGAAUAUCCAAUCUUUCUGGUUUAA